AUGCCAUUAGAGGAUGGUACUGCCCAUAUAAAUUCACCUGAAGUUGAUAUUGAUACACAGACAGGAGGCGAGACCAACAAAUCCGAAUUCAUUGAAGAACUCCCAACAAUCUCAAAUGACCAAGCUAGAACGAGUGGCUAUUCAAUAUUCCCAUGGUAUGGAAAUAGUAACAAUAAUACGGCAGCAGUUACUACUUCGGCAAUAACAACAACCAAUCUCAAGAAAAAGUCAUCCGCAUCAAAAGUUGACGAGCAACAAUCUCAAAUCAAUAAUAAUUUUGAAUCCCAGACCGUUCAAACAACCUCAUGGUUUACAUUUUAUAGAUCACUCACAUUCACAUCUUCAGAAUCCUAUACGAUAGAACAUAUCCCUUUGCUUCAAAACUCCCCACCAUUACUCAAGGAAAAUUCUCAAGAAGAGGAACGCCCCGGUAACUCAAAUUCUUAUUUUGGAUGGUUCAAUUGGAUCCUAGGGAAUACUCAAGAUACCCAAGAAGGUGAUGUUUCUGACCAAUCGAGUGAAGCGUACACAUCUGCAAAAGCAGCUAUUGAAACGGCGAAAGACGAGUUUCAUUACGUCUUAAAGGGUAGUAACGAUUUUGAUUCAUAUGAGUUAAGUGUUACCGGAACAUCGACUGAAGAGUCUCCUGUACAUAUUCAAUCAAGAAAAUAUAAACCUAGAUCUAUAAAUGAAGUAUUUGAAAAUGGCUUAAAAAAAAUUUUAAGUCCUGAAGAUGUAAUUUAUUCUGUUUCACCAAAUUUUGAAUCAAAUUUUAGAGAAAUUACAGCCAAAACAAAGUUGAGAAUUUUAUCAAAUGACUUAAUUUGUGGAUAUAAAACGGAAAGCCAUUUAUAUAGAAAGACUCAACGUCAAAUACUAAAUAGAACAAGAAAACUAAGGAAAUUAGUUGUUAUUGGGGUUCACAAUUUUCUACCAACCAAGAUGGUGCGGGCACUAAUUGGCGGUUAUACUGGUACAGCAAAUGAAUUUGUCACAAUGGCUACGAAUGCCGUUAAAUCGUGGCUCAAGUCCAAUGAUCCAAGCGACGAGAAUUCAGAAGCGGAUAUACAAGGUAUAGCUAUAGAAGGAUUCGGAAAAAUUAACGAAACAGUGGAAAGUUCAAUAAAACUACUAAACAAUUAUAAAGAUCAAAUAAAUAAUUGCGACUUCUUGUUCGUUGUUGGUCAUUUAACAUCAAGUACAACGGCAAUCAAUAUACUAGCUAAAUUAUUACAUUCAAAUCAUCAUCUACGAUAUAAAAAAAUAACAGUCCUUAGUAUGUCUGGUAACUUCUUGGGUCCAUUUCCAUCUCAUUCUUUGAAAGUUGUUUACAGGGCAUAUACUCAACUUGAAAAUGAGAUUGUUAAAGAAAUGUUUGAAUAUGAAAGAAAAGACACACCAUUAAGUAUUCAAUUAAACGAGUCUAUGAAAUUUUUAAUAUCACAUGACGUUAAAUUUGUCUUUACAAGUUCUGUUGGUAAUCCCUUUAUACCCUUAUAUUCAUCAAUGGGUUUACAGUACGACCAUCCCAAUAUUUACAGAAACUUAUACGAAGGUGAAACAAUACCUUUCAUAUCUAAAUUAUUACAGAUAAUUUGUGAAAUGAAAAAUUUAGGACAAUCAACCGACUAUAACAUAAUCAAAGAUAUUAGUGAUAAGAUUGAAAUAACUAAACUUGGUAAACAAAUUUUCCAAAAUGAUCAAAUAUAUCAAGAAGCUUUGAAUUUUGGACUAGCAUCUACCAAUCUCACACAUCAAUCAAAAUUAAAGAUAAAACCCACCAAAAAAUUCGUGAUAACCACAAGUAAUACGAUAAACGAUCAGCUAUUAUUUCAAAGUAAUCUACCGUGGAAUUUGAGGUCUUUGCUUCAAGAUUUUUUAAGUUAUAAACAUAUAGACAGUAAAAAGAAGUUUUUUGAUCUAGUUGCAGACUACAAGCAAUGGCAACCUAGUAAUAAAGUGUAUAGUGACAUCAAAUACUGUUUAGAAGCAAUAAAUGAUUUGUAA